GAUUGGGCGCGGCCUGGGCUGGGGGGGGGAUUCCCGUCAGCCGGGAGGGUAAACAAGGCGCCGGCCAUCUUCAUGUGAGGGACCGGCCGGGGGGGUGGUGAGGCGCCGGCGUUUUCUCUGCGUUUACCCGGCGGAACGGGCCAAAUGAUGGGCGCUUUACCUCACGGAUCCGCCUGAGGAGGCGGAAUGUGUCGUUAGAAUCGCGGAGGAGGGGAGUUUGAGAAGCGGCGCUCGUCCGACCGUCGACGCCAACAUGGAGGUUCUGAUCGAUGAGGGGCGGCCGAAGGUGGGCGCGGGCAAGGCGGCGGCUCCGUGGGGCGGCGAGGCCGAGGCCGAGGAUCACUACGACAGCGGCAUCGGUUCGCUCAGCGAGCUCCAGAGCCGCCAGUUCGGCCCGUUGGACGAGGCCAAGGCGGCCGGCGAGCCGGAGCCCGACGUGUGGCCGAGUAGCCAGCAGCGGCUGGAGUGCGGCAUCGGCCAGAUCACCCGCCGCCUGGAGCGGGUGGAGCUGCGGGGCGGCGAGCAGAGCUCUCCUCCCGGCGACGUGGGCCGCCUGCUCGGCUACCGCACCGAGGAUCUGGACUCGAUGCUGCACCUGGCCAUCAUUCAUGAGGAAGACUGCCUACUGGAGCACCUUCUCUAUUGUACAAAGGGUACAGAUUUUCUCGACCUGCAAAAUGACAUGAAGCAGACUGCGCUGCAUUUGGCUGUGAUCCUUGGGCGACCAGAAUUAGUGAAGAAGUUGAUAGCAGCUGGAGCGAACCUCUUGCUUCAAGAGAAGGAUGGGAACACUGCCUUACACCUCGCUUGCAAGGAAAUGGCACUUGCCUGUGUUCAGGCACUCCUGUUUCACCAUUCCAGCGACCUAAGUUAUUCCAAUUUGUUGGACCCUUCACAGUUCAGACAGCAGCUACAUUUCUAUAACUACCGAGGCUUCACGCCCCUCCAUGUGGCUGUGCUGCUUAAUGAUGUUCAGAUUGUUGAGUAUCUUCUGCAUUUUGAAGUGGAUGUGAAUGCAAAGGAGAAAUGUGCAGGUCGGACUGCGUUACAUCUGGGAGUAGAACAGCAGAAUCGUCACGUCGUCAAACUGUUACUAAAUAGGGGAGCAGAUGUUCAUGCCCAGAUGUACAAUGGCUGCACACCAAUUUGUCUGGCAGUGUACAUGCCUGAUUCUGGAAUAACUCAGAUGCUCAGAGACUAUGGCUCUUCAGAACCGCUUACAGACGAUGAGUCAGAUGAAGAUGAAGGAAUUGAUGAAGACGGUGUGGGCGAGUAUGAUGACUUUGUGGUGCAUGGAUGUUAAGAUCAGAAAAUCCUGCAGUGUCAUAUUUAAAGAUUAAAACUGUAGCAUUAAAGUGGUUCAGCUUGACUGCUGUGAAGAUCCUUUAAUCCCUUUUUAACUGUUGUGUAACUUUGCAUUGAAACAAUAUCUAGCAUUGGAGUAGUCUUUAUAUCCUUGUGUCUGCAAGUAUGGGUUUGUGGUUUGAAUGCAACUGGCUGCCAUCCUUUCAAAAGGGGAACUCAAUAGAAAAAUUCCAAGCAGGUGGGAUAGAGAGCAGGUCCUGGAGUUUGGCAGCAUAGGGUGGGCAGAGUGUGGAGAUGUGUACAUGGUGUGAGGCAAACAGGCCUUGAUCCUGAUCGCUAAACCCGAAUGGUGGAGGAAGGAGUGUGAGGAUGGGUUUGGGUUGUGUUGUAGUGAUGGAGUGGGGAAGAGGCACGUGGGAAUAAAAGGAAAGGGUGAUGUUCUUAAUAUGUGCAGCUCUGCUGCUGCUCCCACUGCAACAUGGCUGCCCUUCAGCCAAGGUUCCAUCAGUGUCGUUCCUGGCAGGAGCCAUGGAAGUGAAUCUGGCGCAAGUUUUAAAGAAGUAGUCCCGUAUUUCUGCUCUGCUGCAUCUGACUCCUUGGCACCGACAAAGAACACUUUGUGCAUGCUGACUUGUGCAAACUUGUCACUUUUGUUACUGCAUGAAUGCUGAUUGUGUUUCUUUUGCUGCAGGAGCUUCCCAGCAAUAGUGUACCAAAAUUACUUGUAGGAAGUUAGUCAGCAUUUAAGGAUUUACAUUGCAAUGUAUUUGAAUGGACUACAGCUGUUUCAGUAACUUAAUGCAAUUGGAUUCAUCCCUCUUGGUCAGAUAGGGAGAAUAGAGUCUGUGUGUAGCUGCACCUUAGACUACUGAUUGUGUGAGGCGUAGAAUCACUUCAUUCACAAUGAUUAGUAAAAGAAUUUGCAACUCAGCAAUUCAAAAUACUCAUAGUUUUCCUUUUAACCUCCCUUGGCUUAAAUGUGCAAGCAUAUGCUCAGUGGCUUAGGACAAGGAAGGGAAUUGAAUAAUAAAAGUAUAAAGCAAAAUGAGUUUCCCGAUUUCAUAAAAGUAAGUUAUAGGAAGUCCAUGUGUUAAGACCAUUUCUUGAUUUGAUGAAUUUCAUACAUAAUUUUUUUGAUAUUUAAAGGAGUCUUCUCGCCUCAAUAGCUUGUCCUUCUCAGUUGCAUUGGUAUGUUUGGUGAGACUCCUUUUGAAAGCCAGGAAGAGUGAGGGGUAGGGGUGUACUCACUGCUUCCUCUCUGUUGUUCCUUCAGAAGUUUCACGCAUUGUAAUGGUUCCCAUUCGGAGACCCACAAUCAAUAACACUUAUGUCCUUGGAAUUUGGCCAUCCUUCAUCCUUCAUCGAAGGCUUAAGUUUGGUGUUGGCCUUUGGAUUGCAGUAGGCUGAGAUUUGGAAAUCCCUCUUGAAGCUAGUUUGUUACUGCUAGAAGCAUUAUCAAGGAAAUAAGUGUGUGAAAAGAUCGGUUGGUCUACUGGGAAUUCCAUUCAGAUGAAUGCAAGCUCCUUGUGAGCUAGUAUAGAAGGGUGAAGUUUCUCACAACCUAGUUGUUGUAAUUUAAGAUCUUUGCUUUGCCUUUGCAAACUUCCUGCUUCCAGCUGUAAUUCCUUUAAGAGAAUCUAGAGAGAAGAGGGAUCAGAAGAUGAAAAUAAAACCCUUUAAGCCUG